AUACCUUAAAUUGGUGAGAUAACUUCCUUAGCACACAUAAGGCUUCUCCAAGCACACAGAAUCUCAAACGAAAGUGAUCCACCCAUAAUCGUUAGCUUCUAUGACUUUAUGAACCAUAAAAAUGUAAAAUCAAAAUCUUGGGUUUUUUUAGCUCAAUGUGGAGAGAAAGUGAGAGAUAUGUUGUGCUUAUUUCAUAAGAAUGAAAAAAGAAUAAUGGUAACUCGAUUUUGAGAGCAUUAAGAGCUUCAAAUUGGUUGUUCAUGGUGGUUAGGUUAUUGAUGACAAUGGCAAUCUUGUAAUUACUUGAAGAUGAUGAGGGUGAGAGAGUAAAAAUGUCAUUUUCGAAAAAAAAAAAAGUUGAUGACAUUUUCGUGAAUUAUAUGAACUUGUGGGGUGAAUAGGGCAAAACCAAUUUCAAAAAAAAAGGAGGUUAGUUAUGUGUUUGACUUUAAACACAAGUCAAUAUCCUCAUGACACCUUAGAAGUGGAAUGUCCCUAACAAUUAAACACAAGUCAGUAUAGGCAAAUAUAGUCAUAUAAACACAUGGUUUAAAGGGUCAUACUUGAAUGGCCUUAGGAGAUCCAUAAGUUUAUCCACUUUUGUUGGAUAAGAAGGUGCGCGAGGAUCAUAGAUUGCUUGUGAAGGUUCAUAAUUCUUCCUCAUGCAUGUCGUUCCAUUGUCUCCAAUGUAAGAAAAAACUCGUGAUGGAGAACAUAUUAUGGCCUUACUGCAAACCCAUAUGGAGAUAAUUGAACACUUUACUGUCAAUAAGCCUUAAUUCUUGCAGACCUAAUCCUUUCCUCUUCGUCGCUGUCAGAAUCCGGCAAAAGUUUGUUUUGUUGCGCGAUAAAAUCGUCGGUGACGUCCUCGAGCUCACUAUCAUUUGCAACCUGUUUCUUCUUUGCAACAUGUAUUCUUAUUUUAGGGAUCAUUGUUGUAGCAUUCUGAACGUCAUUGCCUUUACAAUUUUUCAUUGUCCUUCUUAAAGCAUCGGCUUCCUACUUUUUCAACUGCUUCUGCUUUGUUUUAAAUGAGCUGCAUCUUUCUUCUUUAAAGCGAUAUCUUUCUUUUUUGACAUAGCUUUCUAUUUUUUUUAACUCAGCUUCAUGCUUUUACAUCAGCCGCUGCUGAGUCCACUUGGUUUAGUUUUUACCUAGCCCUCAAGUCGCGUCUAAUUGGGUCCUUGGCAGGAGAAAUAGUAACAAAAUCAAAUGGGUCCUUAGCAUCGGCAUUACCAAAAUUCUUAGCCAAAUUCUUAUUCAAAUCAGUGGUUUUGAUUUUUCUGACCUUUGAGUUGCCUCUUCUUUCUUUCGAUUACGGUUUACUAACGUGGAACAGUUAUUAGUGACGUGGAUUAGUUAAUCAGUUUUUAAUUAUAAAUAAUCUCAAUUAGAAAAAUUUAAUCAAUGCUGUUUAUUGUAAUUUUUUAGGGUCUAGGAAUUAUUUGAGUAUUUUCUUUUUAAAAUGUAUGUUAUGAGAGUCAUUUAAUAACUUUUAUGCUAUUUAAGUAAAUUUCUCUUAAAGUAUCUUAGAGUUUGAAAAGGUUUAUUAGAAAUGCAAAAUUUCCUAUGGUGUAAUUAUAAAUUUGAAAAGUGUUCUAAAAUAAAUAUUCUGAAAUAAAAAUUGUGGAGAAAGACUACAUCAUCGGACAACAGUGCAAGUACAGCACCAACUCUGCCAAAAGCCAAAUAAAGACUUAAACAUUGUCAAUUACAGAAAGAUAUAUUGCUAAAUUCACAAAGUACCACUCCGAGAAACAAAAGCAUCUCUCAAAUAUCCACGUGUUCAUCAUCUAUUGCUUGCUUCAAUACCACUUUGUUUCAUCGCCCCAUGAUUCGUGGGUUUAUAUCUGAGCGUCCGAGGAUAUUUUAAGCUCACGCGCUCCUGUCUACAUUUGACUCUACUCGCUCUUCACAUGCUUGCCAGAAUCUUCGCCUCGCGAUCUUAACAAGUUACGAGGUCAAAAAUUUAUGACCCAAUCAGACUUGCCAGUAUAAAAGCGAGUACGAAGGGUUUUUAUACUCGCGCCAUAGAGACUUUACUAAACUGCUGAUUGUAAUAAUACCAGCAGUGGUUUUAUCCUCAAUCCGCUCUCUUGCCAUAUAUACACAGAGAAAACUCAGAAGGCAUAUUUAUUGAAGAAAAAAAAACAAAGAAGCUUCUCGUCUUCCUCUGCCUUCUUUCCUUAUAUUGGAAAAAACCCUAAUCAAGUAAGUCAAAUCUUCACGAGUACAUAUACAUAUAAUUUCAAUACAACUAAUCAGGAAACCUAGCUAUAAAAGAGAACAAAUCUAAAGUAAGGUUUGAAUCAGGAAGAUCAUCUAGAUUUGAUCAUUUUUGACAUUAACGAUGUGCAUACUUCUUGAAAUUGGUGAUGCACAUUAGAUGGGGAGAGGGAAAAUAAUAAUAAGAAGGAUCGAUAAUUCGACAAGUCGACAAGUGACUUUCUCCAAGAGAAGAAGUGGGUUGCUUAAGAAGGCUAAAGAGUUAUCAAUUCUUUGUGAUGCUGAAGUUGGUGUUAUUAUUUUCUCUAGCACGGGCAAGCUCUACGACUUCGCAAGCAAUUCAAGUAUGAAAAGUAUCAUUGGGCGGUACAACAAAGUAAAAGAGGAGCAGCAUCAACUACUGAAUCAUGCCUCAGAGAUAAAGUUUUGGCAAAGAGAGGUUGCGACUUUGCAGCAACAGCUCCAUUAUCUACAACAAUGCCACAGGAAACUUAUAGGAGAAGAACUUUCUGGAAUGAAUGCUAAUGAUCUACAAAACCUUGAAGACCAGCUAGAAAAAAGUCUAAAAGGUGUUCGUCUAAAAAAGGACCAACUUUUGACGGAUCAAAUCAGAGAACUCAACCUUAAGGGACAAAUUAUCCAAAAGGAGAACCAAGAGCUACAUAGUAUGGUAGAUAUCAUGCGUAACGAAAAUAUUAAACUGCAAAAGAAGUGUCAGGUUCAUGGAAAUCCAAAUGCUACUGAAGGCAAUUCAAGCGUAGAUCGAGCAACCAAUCUAAAGGAAACAUAUGCACCACCCCAACUUCAACUCAUACAACUACAACUUCCUAGAGAAAAAUCAAUUAAACUGGGGCUGCAACUUCUUUAGCAAAAAGUGUUGGACAACUAUCGAUCUACAAAUGAGGUCGUCUCUCCGGCGACUACUUCAUGAAGUUUGUAUAUGAUAUGCAUUGUUUCUCAAAUUACGUUUUAACCGAAAAUAUUUGAUGUACAACAUAAAAGAAUGAUGUGAUGUGAGUCCAAACACAAUAUACAUUAUAAUUUCAUCUUUUUUAUUUUGUUAUAAAUGAGAUUAACAAAUUUUGUGAAAAUGACAUUUUUCACAAAGUUAUAUCAAAUUAACCUAACUAGCAAGAAUUAAAAAGUUUCUUACUUUUAUACUCAAAAACAUACCAAAUAUAUUUGGACAAUGGCUUGGAGUUCAAGUUUUACAAAUAUGGGCAACUAGUUUAUUCAAAUUUUAGAGAAAUUAUGCGUGUGCAUUAGCAUACCUUGUGUGUAGUUAUCAAAAUUGAAGUUUAUUUGGAUUAAUAUGUUUAUCAAAUUUUGAUUUUAUGAAGUGCACAAUAUAGACAGUAUGUAUUUUCUCUGACAUUAUAAGUUGAAUAGAAAGAUCCCCAAUAUAUAAGGUGAAGAAACCAAGUCAAGUUUUGAAAACUUUGGUGUAAUUAUGGUGUAUAACAUAAUUAGGAAGCAGUUGCUUGUGCCCCUAAGGAUAAUGGUGGGCUGGGUUUUAAGGACUUAACUGAUUUUAACACGACAAUGUUUGGGAAGCAGUUGUGGCGGCUGAUCGAGAAGCCAAAUUCUCUUUUUUUCUCGAGUUUUCAAAGGACGGUAUUACAGGAAUGCUUCACCCCUGAACCGAUUUGCUCAUAUUCCCCGUCAUAUGGCUGGAGGAGUAUUAUCUCUGCUAGAUCUCAGGUUUGUAAAGGACUAAUUAAAAGGAUUGGAACAGGGUCGUCUAUUUCCGUAUGGAAUGAUCCCUGGCUCCCAUCCUCCCGCCCGAGACCAACUAACAAAAACCUUCAUAAUAGUUAUCCGGAUCUCACAGUGGAUUCUCUCAUUAAUUCGGAAUUCCGCACUUGGAAUUUAUAGGCAAUUAGGAACUUGGUAGAUCCACAAGAUGCAAAAAUAAUAUAGAGUAUACCAUUCAGUAGAAAUCAGUUGGCAGAUAAGAAUGGAUGGCACUUUACCAAGAACGGGAAAUACACGGUACAAUUAGGGUAUCAGAUAGAAAGGAUUUAUCCUGAUAAGGAGAAACCACCUGAACUUUAUGGUCCUAAUGUUGAUAUCCUCCAAGCUUUUUUCUGGAAAGUGAGGUGUCCCCCGAAGCUAAAGCAUUUUCUAUGGUAAUUGGUGUAUGGUUGUAUCGCGGUAACGAAAAAUCUGAGAGCGAGAGGGAUACAAAGAGAUCCUUGAUGUGCCAGGUGUGGAGAUUCGGAAGAAUCAAUCAAUCAUGUGUUCUUUGAAUAUCCCCCGGCACGUCAAGUAUGGGCACUAUCUAAGAUCCCAUCAAAUCCAAACAUUUUCCCAAUUGGCUCACUUUUUGCUAAUAUGGACCACCUAUUUUGGAGAGUUAACCCAAAAAUGGAGGAUCAUCAGUUUACAUGGAUAUUCUAGUAUAUCUGGAAGGGUCGAAACAACAAGUGUGAGUAAUAUUGACAUUAAUCCAAGGGAAACGCUUCGACUGGCAGAAGUUGAAUCAACACUGUGGGCUGAGGCACAGGUCACUAAUAAUCAUAGGGUGGCACAGGAAGGACAUGUAAGGACUGAUCUAGGGACCACAGGUAUAUGGUGUUUCACGGACUGCUCUUGGAAAGGUAAGGACCCAUUUUCAGGACAAGGAUGGCUUAGUACGUUACCAGGCUUUGAUGGCUUACUGGGGGCAAGGAAUGAAAGGGCAUGCCUCUCGCCUCUUCAUUCGGAGAUGGAUGCAGUAAUUUGGGCAAUGGAAUGUAUGAGAAAUUUAAGGCAGUUUCAGGUUACGUUUGCAACGGAUUGUUCUCAAUUGGUGAAGAUGGUUUCGGAACCAGAGGAAUGGCCAUCAUUUGAAAACUACCUGGAAGAUAUUAAGCUUUUGCGACAAAGUUUUGUCAACGCAGAUAUCGGUCAUGUACCUAGGACGGAGAACACAAGGGCGGAUAGCUUGGCACGUAGUGCUAGGAAACAACCAUCUUUCGUCGUGCACAUGGAUGUAGAGUU